AUGAGUGCGAUCUCUCCUUUAACCAAUCCCCACCGUCUUGAACGCCCAUGCUACUUAUUCUGGAACGAUGAGUUUACAUCUCGUUCAAAUGCUCGAAAAAAUCACCUGUGGACUUCCCCCGAAUUCCCCCUAGUUGCUCCCAUAGCUGAAGGCGAGAGUUUUGAUUCCACUUACUACGAUGAAGAUAGCGAUGGCCAAUCAGACACCGAUGAUUCAGAUGUGUCCAGAGAUCCUUUGGAUUUGAUUGGAACGCCAAAUGUGCCAAUACAAGCUACUAUCGUGGUUGAGGGAAAGCGCAUCCCUGAUUGUGAUAUUACUAGGAGCCAGUUGUCAUUGUCAUUGGGACUCAAGCAAAAUCUUGGCCUUGCUCGUCAAGACAUUGAUAACAAGAAGCGGUUUGUAUUUGAGAUAUACCGCUGUGCUUCGUUUAUUGCAAUCACGUUUGCAGGUCCCUAUUGGUCUUUUGUUGUUUGUAGAUCCAAUGAUUCUUGUCUGCAAUGGAGCAGGCCCAUUGCGGCAGGCACCGACACGCACAAUACCAUCCUCGAUACAAUAUUUCGCAUUGCAGAGAGUUACCCAGAAAAUCCUGCGGCAGACCCAAGAACACAACCCCUUGUUGAUACCUACCUCCAGGUAGGCGAGGACUAUACUGUUAUGAUGUAG